AUGGGAGACGUAAAGUUGGCUGACUUUGGGGUCGCCGGACAACUGACUAACACGACCAGCAAAAGAAGCACUUUUGUGGGAACUCCCUUCUGGAUGGCACCCGAAGUCAUCAAACAGUCGGCAUACGACUCGAAGGCUGACAUUUGGUCGUUGGGUAUAACCGCCAUAGAGUUGGCCAAAGGCGAGCCCCCGAACUCUGAUUUGCAUCCAAUGCGAGUCCUAUUCCUCAUCCCUAAGAACAAU